AUGCUUCUCUCAAAACGUUUGGCCAUAUCGUCCUUUGUGGCUAACUUCAUCGCAUUCGCUAUGGCGCAGGAUCCGCCGGCAAACCAGAUCUCCAUCUUCACUGAAACGAAUUAUGUCGGUAACUCGUUGCUGAUUGAAGCCGAUAACACCUGUUUCGCUUUGCCUGAUGGAUUUUCCGAUAAUGUUGGAAGCAUUUCGUUUGAUGGGAGCUACCUUUGCAAACUUUACCAGGGAUCAGACUGCUCGGAGAACGAUUUCCUACAAGAUGUCAAUGCUCGCAAUCCCGAUUUAAGGUCCAGCGGAGUAGGCACGGCCACACAGAGUGUGAUCUGCAGCCAGGCGAAUUAG